AUGGCUGUUAAAGGGUUAGGUAAGAUUGAUCAAAAAUACGACGGGUCCAAGUUAAGAAUUGGUAUCAUCCAUGCUCGUUGGAACAGCGUCAUCAUUGAUGCCUUAGUCAAGGGGGCUAUAGACAGAAUGUUAUCAUUGGGUGUGAAAGAGGAAAACAUAAUUGUAGAAACUGUUCCUGGUUCUUUUGAAUUACCAUAUGGUGCUCAAAGAUUUGCUGAAAAGGAAGCAAAGGCUGGUACCCCCCUAGAUGCUGUCAUUCCAAUUGGUGUCUUAAUUAAAGGUUCCACAAUGCAUUUUGAAUACAUUUCAGAUUCUACCACACAAGCCAUAAUGAAAUUACAAAACAUAAUCCACAUGCCUGUGAUUUUUGGUCUAUUAACAUGUAUGACUGAAGAACAAGCUUUGGCAAGAGCAGGUAUCGAUCAAGCUCAUUCUAUGCACAACCAUGGUGAAGAUUGGGGGGCUGCUGCCGUCGAGAUGGCCAUCAAGUUUGGUGCUAAUGCAUUUUAA